AUGUUUGGUGGUUUAUUUGAUGGCGAUGAAGAUGAUACAAAUAGAGAGGAAUUCAUAGGGCCUUUAUUACCUGGUCAAAGCAAUGGUGGUGGUGGCUAUGGUAGAUCAACAUCUUACAAGAGAAAACCAACUGGUGAAAGAUCAGGUUAUGGUUUUGUUGGUUUAUUAAAUCAAGGAGCAACAUGUUACCUAAAUAGUUUAAUUCAAAUGCUUUAUAUGACACCAGAAUUAAAGAAUGAUAUAUAUAAAUUAGGAAUUGAUGAUUUUGGAAUAACAGACUUAAAACAACAAAAAGAAAUAGAAAAUAAAAAUGAAAUUGAUAAAGAAAAUACAAAAGAAAAAGAAAAAGAAAAAGAACAAGAAAAAGAUAAUGAAACAAAUAUAACCAAUAGUGAUAAUAACAACAACAAAAACAAUAAUAAUAAUAAUAAUAAUAAUGAUAGUGUUAGUAAUAAUAAUAAUAAUAAUAAUAAUAAUAAUAAUAAUAAUAAUAAUAAUAAUAAUAAAUAUAAUAUUGUAAAUGAUAAUGAUUUAUUAGAUUCAGAGUAUGCAAUUGGUUUAAUGGCAUUUGGAUUUGAAGAGUAUAAAUUAAUUGCUGCUUUAAAAAGAUUCCCAUUACCUUCUCAACAAGAAAGAUUAAUUGAUUGGAUUUUAACUUGUGAUGAAUCUCAAUUCCUUGAUGAUUUUAGUAGUAGUGGUAAUAAUAAUAAUAAUAAUGAUAAUAAUAAUAGAGCAUCAAAUAAUAAUAAUGAUGAGGUACCAUUUGGACCUUCUGUAAAUAAUAACUGUAAUAAUAAUGAUUUUGACAAUGAUGCAUCAUUUGUUGAUCAAUCAUUAUUUGGUGAUUGUUAUGAUGCAUUUGAUACAUAUCCAAGACGUGAUGGUACAACAAGUGAAUAUUAUUCAAGUGGUAUGAUUGAUAGUGGUAUUCCAUCUGAUAGUUCAAAAGCAAUAGUUUUAUAUGAUGAAUCAACAAAGAUUAAUGUAUUCUCUGGUGAAGCUUUAGAGAAUAAUAAAAAUAAUAAUAAUAAUAAUAAUAAAAAUACAACAGAUAAUACUUCAAAUACAACCACCACAACAACAAAUGUAAAUAAUAAUAAUAAUAAUAAUAAUAAUACAACAACAACAACAACAACAACAACAACCACAACAACAACUAAAAGAAAAGGUAGAAUUAUUCCAUAUGAAUUACAAAGAUUAUUUUCUAUGUUACAAAAAGGUGAUGUUUAUGCAAUUUCAACAGAAGAUUUAACAAAAAGUUUUGGAUGGAAUGGUAGUCAAUCAUUUCAUCAACAAGAUAUACAUGAAUUGAAUAGAGUUUUAUUUGAUGCAGUCGAACAUUCAAUAAAGAAAACACCAAUUGAAACAUUAUUCAAUGAUUUAUAUAAAGGUUAUUUUGUAAAUAGAUUAACAUGUACAAAGUGUGGUACCAUUAAGGAUUCACAAGAACAUUUUCAAGAUAUACCCAUUGGUGUAAAAGGUUUCAAUUCAAUUGAAGAGAGUUUGGUUGGAUCCUUUUCAACUCCUGAAACAUUGGAUGGUAGAAAUAUGUACUCUUGUGAAAAGUGUAAUGAAAAGGUGGUUGCAACAUUUCAAGUUAAAUUGGGUAAAAUCCCUAAAAUAUUAAUUUUUGCACUUCGUAGAUUCGAUUAUGAUUUCCAAAGGGGUACUCGUGUUAAACUUCAUAAUCGUUUUGAAUUCUCUCAACAAUUAGAUAUGACACCAUUCACUAUUGAUUAUUUACAACAUAAAGAGAAUCCUGAUACAACACCAGAACCAGAGAAAUUAAAUUAUGAAUUGUUCUCUGUUUUAAUUCAUAGUGGUGGUGCUUUUGGUGGUCAUUAUCAUUCUUAUAUUAAAGAUCUUCAAUCAAUUGGUAAUUCAACUUUAAAAGUUGAUCAACAACAAGAUAAAGAUAUUAAUACAUCAACAACAACGACAACAAAUACUACAACAACAACAACAACAACAAAUACAGCAUCAGAUAAUAAAAUUGAAGAAAAUGAAAAAAAAGAAAAAUUAAAUAAAAAUAAAGAAAAUGAUGAAGAAAAUGAUGAAGAAGGUAAUAAAUUUACAGGUUGGUUUGAUUUUAAUGAUAGUAGUGUUUUACCAAUUAAAGAUAAUGUUUUAAAGAGACAAUUUGGUGGUAAAGAUGAAUGUGCUUAUAUGUUGGUUUAUAGAUCAGUAGCAUUAAGAGAUAAAAUGGAGUUUAAGGAUAUACCAUCACAUUUUGAAAAGGAAAUAUCAGAAUUUAAUAAGAGUAUUGUAAAUGAAAGAAUUGAUUAUGAUAAAAGUAUGAAUACAAUGUAUAUACAACCAAGAUUCAUUGAUAGUGUUAUAAUUCGUGAUGGACUGAUUUAUGAUAUUCAAAAUAAUAUUAAAGAGAAAGAUAGAGAAAGAGAAAGAGAGUCAUUGGCAAUCGAUGUAUCAAGUACAACAGAGGAUUUAUUUAAUUUAAUUAGAGAAAAGUAUAAAAAUCAAAUUGAGUCAAUUGAAAUUGAAACUAAGCAAUGUGGUAUCGUAAUUCAAGAAUGUUAUGUAAAAGAUGGUAAAAUCAUUUUACAACCACCCAUUCAAGCUUCACCAAGUGUUAACAUUAAAAAGAUUGGUAUUAGGGAGGGUUCACAAUUAUUGAUUUGGAAGGGUGAAGAUAAAUCAAAUAUACCAAUUAAAUUCUCUGUUAGAUAUUUCUAUCAUAAAUCAAAAGGUUUAUCAAAUUUAAUGGAUGCGACGGUUUGUGAUGAAGAAGAACAAAUUGAAAAAGAGAAUGAAACCGUUACCGAUUCAUUUGUAUCAUCGGUAACAGUGGAUUAUUUAAUGAAAGAUUUGAAUUUAAUGGUGGAUAGGGAGUCAAGUUUUCAACAAUUUAAAGAUACAAUUUGUGAUGGUAUUAAUCAGUUAAUGUUUACCAAUGAGAGGGUAACACCAAAUAGAUUGCUACUCUAUAUGAUGCCAUCUCAAACUUGUUUAUUGCCAUUGGAGGAUGAUAUGGAUUUGAAAUUCUCUCAAAGAAUUUAUAAUGGUAUUAGUAUAUUGUGUGAGGUUUUACCAGAGGGAUUCGAUGUUGAAAGUAUUGGUGGAUCAGAUUCAUUGGAUCAAUCUAGUAGUUUGGUUAAAAAAGAUUUCGAGUUGAAUAAAUCAAAGAUUCAAAUAUUUGUUAAAGAUCGUUUUAGAACCACUAGUGCACCACUCACUGAAUCACCACCAGUACGUGUGUUAUCCGAUCCAAAGAGUACAAUCUAUCAAUUGAAAGAGACCAUAUUCGAUAUGCUUUAUCCAAAUCAAAAGAAGGUUUGGUUGGAUCAAACUGUAAUUAGAAAAACUUUAGUCGGUGGUUAUGAAGGUACUGGUAUCUCUGACGAUAGUUUAAUGUUGAAAGAAGCAAAUAUCGUCGAUACUUCAUUGGUAAUCUUUGAGAAGGGACAACCCGCCAAAUCAAAUCUCUCUAUUAAAUAUCUCUAUGCAAUCGAUAAGAAAGCAGUUUUCCCUGAUCCAAAAUUAUUGACUACCAAUUCUUCUUCAAAGCAAACUACCAUCACUCAAUUGAAAAAGGAGAUAUUGAAACAGUUGUCAAUCAAUGAAGAGUUUUCAAAUCGUUAUAUACUUAGACAAACUGAUCUCUUUGAGAAACCAAUCAAUGUAUUCAUUGAGGAGGAUAUGACAUUGGAAGAGUCUGGUAUAAAAUCAAUGGAUAUCGUUUGGCUAGAAGAGGGUGUACUACCUUCAAAAGAUCAAAUUCUAUUAAAGGUUAAACUUUACCAAAUUAAUAACAUUUCUCAAUGUUUACCAGUACCUUCUUCACCAAUACUUCAUCUAAAUCCAACUUAUAUUCCAAUGGUACCAGAUUUAUUCACAAUUAUACCAAUUGGUGAUCUUUGGGCUGAUAAAAAGAUAACUCUACAACAAUUGAAAAAUCAAUUAUUAAAUUGGGAUUUAUUUUUAAAUCAAUCAUUUAUUAAUAUGGAAGAACAAGAUAUUAGAAUUUGGUUAGAUGAAAAAUUAUUAAAUUCUUUUAAUAAACCAUUAUCAAAACUUCAUAUUCAUUUAGAAUCUUCAAUUACAAUUGAAAUUUAUACAAAACAAAUUGACCAACAACAACAAAAUAUAAUUGAAGAUUAUGAUGAGCCAAAUGGUAAUUUACUUGAAAAAGUUAAUGAAUUAAAUGGUGCAAAUCAUAUUCAACAACAUUCAACUAGUUUUGUUAAAUUAGUACCACCGUUAUUACUUUAUGUUCAUAAGAGAGUACCACAAGAACAAUCUUUUGAAUAUCCUGCAAAACAAAUCACUUUCAAAGGUAAAACUAUUAAAGAUUUAACUGAUCAAAUUUCAGUCACUUUUGAUAUCGAUCAACAAUUCUUACGUCUUUACAAGUAUUUCCCAAAUAAUAAAACUAAUCCAUGGAGAAUAAUUGAAGAAAGACAAACAUUAUCUUCAUCAUCUAGUAGUUCAGUGGCUUUAGAUAAUAUUGUUAUUAUUGAUGCUUGUUGUGGUGCUCCUCAAGAUGUUGAUCAACAACCACAACAAUCUGAACAAAAUGCUUCAACUGUUACCAUUGAAUCGGUUGAUAAUAAUAAAGUAUCAAUAGUAGAAACUGAAACUAUAAUAAACUCAAUAAACUCAACAACAGCAACAACAACAGCAGCAACAACAACAACAGCAGCAACAACAACAACAACAACAACAAUAAACUCAACAACAUCAUCAUCAUCUGUAUCAAUAGUUGAAACUGAACAAAUAGAUAAUAAAUCAAUACCAGCACCUCCACCACCUCCACCUUCAAAUAAAAAGAAAGAAAAUUCAACAGUUUUAGAAUUAAGAGGUAAGCCAUAUCUAUUAAAGGAUGGUGAUAUAAUUGCCUAUUUAGAUACAAGAGAUGAUCCAGAGAAUAAUGAUAAGUUUGCACUCUCAAUGCCAAAGAGUGUUUACAGUGGUGGUAGUGGUAAUUCUAAAUCUUUUUAUGGUGGUGGUAGUUCAAAUAAUACUAAAGUUAGACCAAUAGAAGUAGAUUUAAAGAUUGAAUUAGAUGAUUUCUAA